AUGCGCGUAUCGAAUCCCACCCGGGCGCUGCCCGUGGCACUCUUCUGGUCAAGGCGAGUGCUGCUGGAGUUCUGGGCGCAGGGGGACCAGGAGAAGAGCCUCGGCCUAGAGGCGCGGAGCGCGGAGCGCGGAGGUGCCAAGAGCAUCGAUUUGCUCCAGGGCCAGCUGGGCUUUAUCGGCUUCAUCGUGCGCCCACUCUACCAGCAGCUCAGCCUCUUGCUGCCGGAGGCCAAGCAAUGCCUCGAGAACCUCAAGCAGCUCGAGGAAUACUGGCAGAAGAAGAAGGAGGCGGAGACCAACGCGAUGGCAGUGUCCGCGGCGAAUCUGGAUGAGCUUCUCACUUGUCCAAAGCAGAACAUUUGUUCCCAGGCUUGCUUCAUGGCAAGUCGUCUCAAGGGAUUUUCCCCGGUGACGGUGAGAUCCUGGACGACUGACUUCGCGCUCAGCUCGGGGCUCGGGCGCGCUUGCGGCUUUGCGGCUUGGCGGCUUGCAAGGCGGGCGCGACCGGUGGGCUGUACAGUUGUUGCGCCCUCGCCCUUGGCUCAGCGCCGAAUCGCUUCGGCCGGGCGUUUUUGCCGGCGGCCUUUCGGCCGGGCGUUGGCCGCGGCCGAGGGCAUGGGCGAGGAGGAGGAGUGCUGGGAGUUCCUGGCCCAGCGACAUGAUCUGCGGGUGCGGGGACAGGACGAGGUGCUGCGCGCACAUCAAGAGUCCUGCCUGGCGGCGCUUUUCCUCGUGCAGGGCAGAUAUCCGGAGGUAGAAAAGCUGGCGCCCGAGCUCCGGGCAGCCGGGCUCGGCUGCUUCAUCCUCGACAGCGGGCAUCCUCGCUUCCCGGAGCUCGCGGAGCACGGCCUGAGCGCAGUGCUGCACCGGCCUCUAAGAAAGGAUGUGCCGCAGCAGAGCAAGGAGCCGGCGCACCUCCUGGAGCCCGAGACGCCACCACUGCCCUUGUCAAUCAUCGCCUCGCAUGUCACUGAGCCCACGGCCGCCUUCUGGGACUCUAGUGGCGACGAGGACGAGAAGGACGAGGAUGACAAGAAGGUGGCGGAGCUCGGAAAGCGCAAGGCUAAGAGUGAGAUAGAGCAGGAGGCGAAGCAACCUGAAGAUGACGACGAAGAGGAGGAAGAGGAGGAGGAGGAGGAGGAGGAAGAGGAAGACGACGGAGAAGUUCCGAUGCAAAAGCAGGAAGCAACAAAGCCACAGGAGCCGGCGAACGAGGCGGCCAACGAGGAUUCGCACAAAGUGGAGGAAGCGAGGGCCAAGACUCCGGAGAAGUCGGGCGAGCUGAGAGCGAGUCCAGUGCGAGCCACCAAGGAGCUGAGCUGUGACGCGAGCCCGAAACCCAAGGCCGCCGCUUCGGAAGCGCUCCGGAAGCCGCGGGUCAGCUCUGAAGCGCCGAAAGAAAGGAAGCAGGACAGUUCCAGUGAUGUGCCAAAGAGAAGAGCGCGGCCUCGACGGAGCUCCAGCAGCGAGCGGCUCCGCAAGGCGAGGCGCCGGCGGAGCGCCUCGUCCUCGCGAAGGGCGAAGCGCGGGAGGACGAGGAAUGCCACGCGGGCUCCGCUGCCUAGGCGCAAGCCCCAGAGCGUGCACCGCGCCGCAGGCGAGCGCGCACGCCGAUCCAGAAGGCGGCGUUCGCCGUCCAGGCGGUCGUCCAGGCGGUCGUCCAGGCGGUCGCCCAGAAGGUCGCGAAGGCGAAGCCCCAGCGCGAGAAAGAAGUCGGAGGACCACAAGGAGAUCCCCGGCCCCAAGUCCUCACGCCCUGGUCCUACGCCCCCACGGCGCCCCCCACCAGCCCCGCCGCCGCCGGUGUCGGCGGUUGGGGCCCUGGCAGUGGACCCGCAGGAUAUGCGGAAGAUCAGAGACUUGAAGAAGAAGAAGAAGCCCGAGGAGUUUGGAGGGAGGAAGCCAAGUCCAUCUCGGAGUAGAGGACAAUCAGACGAUGAAGGGCAAAUGGACAGGCAGGCGGCAGAAAGGCUGGCUGCCGAGAAGCAAGCUGCCGAGAAGCAAGCUGCCGAAAAGCAAGCUGCUGAACAAGAAGCGGCAGCUGAAAGGCAAGCUGCCGAAAGGCAAGCUGCCGAAAGGCAAGCCGCUGAGAGGCAAGCUGCCGAGAGGCAAGCGGCCGAAAGGCAAGCGGCCGAGAGGCAAGCGGCCGAGAGGCAAGCUGCUGAGAGGCAAGCUGCCGAGAGGCAAGCGGCCGAGAGGCAAGCGGCCGAGAGGCAAGCUGCUGAGAGGCAAGCUGCCGAGAGGCAAGCGGCCGAGAGGCAAGCCGCUGAGAGGCAAGCGGCCGAGAGGCAAGCGGCCGAGAGGGAAGCGGCCGAGAGGGAAGCGGCCGAGAGGCAAGCUGCUGAGAGGCAAGCGGCCGAAAGGCAAGCUGCGGCUGAAAGGGAAGCCGCCGAGAGGCAAGCAGCCGAGAGACAAGCUGCUGAAAGGCAAGUUUCUGCCCAACGCCAGAUUUCUGACAAAGACACGGCCCUGCAGUUGCAAGCCAGAAAAGCUGCAGCUGCGGAGCUGGAGUUCGCUGAGAAGAAGCAAGCCAUGUUGCGGCGCAAUGAAGAGACACUUCUUCGAGUGAAGCUUGAACAGGAGUUGUUUGAGACGGCAAAGGAGCCCGAAGCCUUUCCGCCAUCGGCGCCUCCGCCUCCAGCGCCUCAGCCUCCGGCACCGCAGCCUCCAGCACCUCAAGCUCCGCAGCUCAGGGAGGCAUCUGCGAAGGCCCAGAAGGUGGAGCUCACGGCGAUCACGGUGCACAAGGAGAAGCCCCUGGCCAUCAUCAAGCUCAACGAGGCUGGGGCCGCCAGAGCCAUCAUCGCGCAGAAGGCCCCCUUCAUCAACGGCGUCAGGGUGCUGCAGUCCGAGGCUUCCGGGAACCCCGCGGCGGUGCUGAUGAAAUGGGAGGGCCCGAAGGAGGCGCUCAACGAGGCGAUACUGAGCGCCUACUUCAACAACCUCAUCGAGAACAUCAACAAGGCCCACGAAUCGGUGGCCGAAGUUGGGAAGGACCCGGCGAAGUCCAACGCUGCCCAGACGCAGGCAAGGGCACAGACGAAGGCCUUGAACCCUGAUCAGCAGAAAGCCUUCCUCGAGCAGCAGAUGAGGCAGCUGCAGCAGAAGCAAGCCAUGCAGGAGCUGCAGACCAAGAAGGAGCAGGUGCUGAAGGAUCUCCAGAUACGGGAGACCAUGCUGGAGCACUUUAGACAUCAGGACGCCCUGGGCGCGCUCUCAGCGAGCGAGAAGGCCACACUGGUGGAGCUCCAGAAGGACGAGCAGCGCUUGCUGGGGCAGCGGGCAGCCUUGGAGCAGCAGCAAAUUGAAGUGGCCCAGGGUCUUCUGCCAGAGCCGCCGCAGCAUCAGGUGCAUCAGGUGCAUCAAGUGCAGCAGCAGCAGCAGGUACAGCAGCAUCAAGUGCACCAGCAGCUACAACAGCAUGCGCAGGCACACCAGGCGCAUUCGGCGCAUUCUCCGGAGGCGGCUAGCCUGGGCUCGCAAGACUUGCAGGCAUACCAGAUGAUGCAGCAACAGGCGUACCUGCAGCAGAUGCAGGCCCAGCUGCAGCAGUACCCUCACCUACAGCAAGCACAGAUACAACAGGCGCAGAUGCAGCAGAUGCAGCUGCAGGCGCAAAUGCAGCAGCAGGCGCAAAUGCAGCAGCAGGCGCAGAUGCAGCAGCAGCAGCAGCAGCAGCAGCAGCAGCAGCAGCAGCAGCAGCAGCAGCAGCAGCAGCAGCAGCAGGAGCAACAGCCACAACAGCAGCAGCAAUACGCAAACAUGUACCAGCAACAGCAAUACCCCCAGGACUACUCUCAGCAGCAAUACCAUCAUGGGCAACAGCAUCAGCAGCAGCAGCGGCAGCAACAUGCGCACGGGCAUCAUCAAUUGCAUCCUCAAGAAGCGCAGGGCAAUGAGCAUGCCAUGCAAGCACAGAGGCAGCUGCAAGCAAUGCAGCGUGACGGGACACCAGAGAUUGCGCAAAUGGAUGACCAGUCACGUUUGAUGCAACAAUUGCAGCAGCAGUUGAUGCAAGAGCAAUCUUCCCAGGGUUCGGCUCAGCCGAAGCCCUCGCCUCGGAGCGCUGAGCGGAAAUCUGACGCCGCCGAAGGCUUCCGUGCCUUUGGGAGCCUGCGGCCCCAGUCCAAAUCAGGAGAAAAAAAGUUCCCCUUGAGCUGUGUACAUUUCGACUGCGCAGGCGAGCCCGCAAAGUGCGGCGAAGUGGGUGUCUUUUGA